AUGAGCCUAUCUGGAGCAAAAAAUGGUUCAUGGAUUAGCGUUUUCCAGCUGGAGGUCGCCCGAGCCUUAGCCGCGCAACUCGUGAUUGCGGUUCUGUAUAUCCAUUCACAAGGAUUCGUCCAUGGAGAUCUUCAUUGUGGGAACAUUCUCCUCCAGCCGGUCCAGGAGCUCGAUCAGUUGUCCACUAAAAGGUUAUAUGAGCUGUAUGGAGAGCCAGUACGAGAGAGGGUCAAUCGAUUAGAUGGCCAAAAGCUCCCUCCAGGGGUCCCGGAAUAUGGUGUCUUGCCUAUCUGGCUCGGGAAAGCAAGUGAGAAUCUUAAACUCCUAGAAGCUAGGAUCCUCCUCUCAGACUUUGGUGAAGCAUUCUCCCCGGCAAAAGAGAAGAAAUUUGAGUCUCACACGCCUCUUCUAAUCCGACCCCCGGAGACUUACUUUGAGAUAACUAAACCACUUACCUUUUCAUCCGACAUCUGGACACUUGCAUGCACUAUCUGGGAGAUCAUUGCCCAAAGAUCGCUAUUUGAAGGCUUUUUUACGGACGAAGAUGAUAUGACUCGCCAGCAAAUCGAUACGUUGGGUCCGCUACCAAACGAAUGGCUGGAAACGUGGAAAGCACAUCGAGAAAAAUCCCUCAAGGAUGGAGAACCAGUAGACCGACCCCAAUCCCAAUAUCCCUCAUGGGAGGAUAACUUUGAAAUGAGCGUGCAGCGAGCGCGGAUAAGGGAGGGUAUGCCCCCCUUUGAACCAAACGAACGAGAUGCUCUUUUCUCAAUGUUGCGCCCGAUGCUAUCCUUCAGGCCGGAGAAUAGACCAUCUGCUCAGCAGGUUCUGGAAUCUGAAUGGAUGGUGAAGUGGGCUCUGCCUGAGUACGAGAAGAUUCACAGCGCUCAACACUAG